AUGCCCAGCUCCUUCAACUCCCUCAGCUCCCUUCAUCUCCCUCAGGCCCCUCGGCUCCCCCCCAGCGGCGGGGCGGUGCCGGAUGUGGCGGCUGCUUCCGCGGCCGGGGCGAUGGGGGAGCGGCGGGGGGCGGUGGCGAGGGCGGCCGCGGCCGGGCUCGUGCUCGGGGCCGCCGCCUGCUACUGCCUGUGGCGGCGGGCAGCGGGCUGGGGGCGCCGGCGGGGGCCGCCCUCAGUGACAGACAAAAGUCAUCCAGAGUCACACCAUACCAUGGAUGCGGAUGCUCUACAGAAACUUAUUCAUUUGCUCCAGGCCACAGAUGAUCCAUUAAUUCAAGAGCAAGCUUUAAUCACUCUAAGCAACAGUGCCGCCUUCUCUGUAAAUCAAGAUAUAAUUCGAAAUUUGGAUGGCCUUUCUGUUAUUGGAGGGAUGCUCUCAGAUUGUGUUCCCAAAGUUACAGAAAAAGCACUAAAUGCACUUAAUAAUUUGAGUAUGAAUAUUAAAAAUCAGGAAGAGAUACAGGUAUAUAUUGAGCAAGUUUGUAAGAAUGUUGAAUCAGCCCCUCUGAACUCUGAUCUGCAGCUCGCUGGGCUCAGGUUGUUGACAAAUAUGUCUGUUACCAGUGCCUACCACCAUAAGAUGAUAAACCAGAUCCCAUGCCUUCUUCGUGUGCUUUCGGAAGGAUCUGAAAGGACACAGAUUCAAGUUCUGAAAGUACUUGUGAACUUAUCUGCAAACCCAGCCAUGACAAGACAUUUUCUCAGAGCACAGGUGCCAUCACUGCUGUUACUUUUUGACAACCGCAUAAACAGAGAUAUUCUGCUUAGAGCCCUGGUGUUUGCAGCAAACUUAAAAAAGAAUGUGAACAAUGAAGGUGGCACGAUGAUUCAGGACCAAUACAGUGAAGAUUCAGUUUUCUCUAUUCUCUGCAGGGAUUCUAUCCCAUUUGCUCAGAAGCUGGCGUCUUUAUUGCAUCACCCUGAUCAAGAAGUGAAAGAGCAAGUUGUGAGAAUACUAACACAACAGUAAUUUUAAGAAGUGACUGACAAAAAUAUCUAAUCUUAAGAUUAGAUAUAAAAGAGUACUGAGUAGUACUAGGCACAAAUCAGUUAUUACAAAAGAGAUUGCAAUAUAUUUAAUAGAGAGAGCAUAACAGAUGUCUUAUACGAGGUAAAGCAGUAAGUUAUUGGUACUGAGAAACCACUAUCCAGGUGGUACAUGUAAGAGGGAGGCACACUUUAAAGCAGGAAAGCUUUUAUAUAUGUACCAUGAAUAUUUUAAAUGGAUGAAUAAAGUCAGUCUAAAUAUUCCCAAUGUCAGUUUUUGUGCCUUAGGUUUUUACAGCUGUUGAUUAUCUAUAGAAUGACUAAAGAUUCAGGACUUAGAGUUUAGGCAUUUACAUUUUUAUUAAUCUGACAUCUAUAAGAAAGCUACAGGCAAACCUUAGAAAAUCUUAAACAGAAACAGUACCAAACUACCACCGACUUCCUGCAGAAAUAGUAUUUUCAAUGAAAAUUGUAAUUAAAAUUAUCCAAUGCUGUUUUUUCAUCUUAACUGCAGAGAAUACUAAGCAUAUGAAAAUGUAGUAUGAAAAUGUAUCCAUUCCAUUUAGCUAAACUGCAGUGCAGUUAACCGCAACAUAGAAGGCUUCCAUACUUGAACGAAAUCAUAAGGAUUUUUAUCUCCCUUUAGUGAUAACUCUAAAAGAAAGCAUACAUCUUUUUCAAAAUACUUUAUUAUGAGUCAAAGAUUAUCUGCAGCUCUGCUUUAGUAUCUUCAUUAGAGAAGUAUCAUGCAUGUUUUUACAAAAGCUUCCUGUUCUGUGGGAGCCCUCAGGCCUGCUUAGAGAGACUCAAUGAGAGGAGCUUUUGGAGAACUCUGUUCCUCUCAUCACCAUCAUUGGAACAGGUGCGUCUGUUGAGAUAGCCACCAUAAGUUUCCAUUCAUCUCUGCAGCAUUAAUUCAAAAAUGCAAUGGAAUACAUCUAAACAUUGUAAAGGAAACUGAAGUUUCAUUGAUGAACACAGAACAUGUAGUAGAAAACACUUUACCUUAAUACUACUAAAACUUCCACAAUACCAAACCACGGAGAAGUUAGCAUCACAUGUAAAGGCUGGAAAACUUCUAAGAGAACUGCAUUAUCUAAACGAUUACUAGAUGCUAUCUUUUUAAGUUAAUACAUACAUUCCUCUGUUAAUAACAUAAUAUUUUUCUUUCUGUAUACUCAAUAGAUAUUUAUUUUCAGUAGAUAACUUUCUUCAAAUAGAUAGAACUGCAAGAAAAAUAUGCCCUGAUGGAUAAUUUGGUAAAGCUACAUACGUAUCAUUUGUGUAUAUGUAGUUUUUAACUCAAUAGGAAUAUCACUAAGGCAGAAGUUGGCACAAUUCCCACUCCAGAACUCUGACAAUCACUGCAUUUAGAGUGAACUUCCCUUUCUCCUUCCCACUGGUCCCCCCCCAAAAAAAACAAAAAACACCACUGUUCAUUUUGCAACAUGCAAAUUACAAUACAAUCACUUAAUGUUUUGCCAUUUUUUGAUGGCCUUUUUUUCUGCUUCUGUAUUUAACAAAUAAGUCUAGGUCAGAUACUGCAAAUUUUUUUAUAUCACCUUUCUCUUCUGAGACAAAAAGAAAUUAGUCUGUUCCAGGUAUAUCUGAUUUUAUGUGCAUAUAUUUUCUUAACCUCACCCAUGGAGAUGCCUAGAUGCCCCUCUCCAUGUUCUUAAACCUAAAAAUAAGUUUUUCAGACAUCAUUUUUUUUGAUAGUUGCUUCUGUCCACUACCAAAGGAAAGAAUAAGAAUUCAAAUGGCCAUUGUCUCCUCUAUUUAAAAUACAUGAAAACUUUUUGCAACACUGCCUCUAUUUUUUCUGGAGUAGAAAGAGCUAUUUUUAAACCUUUUCUUCACAGAACAAUACUACUGAGAUGUUUUCAAACAAUGCAAGACUCUCCAAUGUCUUCAUAAAACUGUCUUAAUUUUUCAUCCCCUGCUCCAUGCCCCAUAUGGAAUCUUACCAACACCAAAACAAAACAUAGCAGUUACUGUUCUACAUACAAAUGCUGUGAACGAAUGCAUCUAAAACAAAACAUAUUCCAUUACUGACAUACUCUGGUACUUAUAAUUCAGUACUCUACAUUUCUGCUUAGCUAUAACAGGUACUCCCUAUUUCAGUUUCAUUUUUUCUUUCUAAAAUGCAACAUUUUUUUUACAAAACACAGUCUAUUGAUUUUGAAAACUGAAAAAACAACCUGAGUUCUAGCCUUGUCCUUCAAAGUACUCAUAACAUCCUGCAGCUUGGUCUCUUCCACAAUAUUGUGUGUGAUACGUUAUCCUAACCAUUACUGAAGCUGGUGCUUAAAUGCUAAGCCCAACACAGAUGCCAUCUGAAAUGUCCUCCCCUAAAUCAACACUGAACUAACAGCAGGAGUUUUAAACCAGUUUUCAAUAUAUUCUGAUGAUCACAUCUAGACAUUCUGGUGAUAGGAUUGCUAGUAGAAAUACCUUCUCAAAUAAAGGAAUACUGAUUUUUGUUAGAUAUGAAUUUCACUAAAGGAAUAUGAGCUAUUUUUUCUUACACGUAAUUUGUCUGCUCUAGAACCCUUCCUCACAAUGAACUGGCACUAACUGAUCUUUGCCUCCUUCUGCUGUUCUUUGUUGGUAUUAAUUUUAAGACUUCUAGGACUUUCCAGCAGAGGUUUUAUAAAGGCUAACUGUUAACAAUUAGAGAUCAUUUCAGUUUGCUCCUAGCACGAAAUCUCAGUGACUGGUUUUAAUUUGCUGCCAGAAGUCUUUAGAUCACGGGGUAAUAAUUUACCUUUUAAAAAAAAUUGAUCUUCAUGGAGUAUGAACGCAAAAUGUAAUGCACAAGAGCAGAAAAAAAAGACCCAAAUAUCCCAUAGAUGAGAAAAAUCAUGAACAAAUGAUUUAUUUUCCAAUGAAUUAUGAAGGCAAAUAACCUUUAUUUUUUAUUUUUAUUUUUUUUGGCAACAAUAGGCUUUAAUUCUGUAAAUGAGCAUGGCAAUUUGAUACAGAUACAUUUAGCCAAGUAUUACAGUAGUAAGUAAUUUUGUAGUCUCUCAUUCAACUUUAAAAUUAUGGGGAAGCUAUAAGGAAAAAUUACCACAGCCCUUGCUUCAGACUUUUCACUUUAAAAAAAAAGUACUUAAUAAUAGGUUGAGUCAAUGCAAAGACAAGCGCCAUUAAGGGACUCUUGCAUCUCAUGUACUGCAUUUGACAAAAAAGUUAUUUUAGACACAUUCAGACCUAACUUAAAGACACUGACAAAACAAUAUUAGGGUGCAGAUAUUCUGUCCACCAGUAAGUAUUUACACAUUAAUGUUGCAUUAUUAAGUGCUCUCUCACUCUCUUAAAGGCACAGUUCUUUAAAUCAUUUUAAAAUUCAGCUUUUGUGGUUCCUCAGUAAAUGAAAGCGUAGAAGCACUCAGUAAAAUAAUUAUUUUACUGUGCUUGUGCUUUACCAACACAGCUGUACUGGGAGACUCCCACAUAACAGAGUGGAGCUAUCAAGAAACAGGGCGUAAUUUUAAAAUUAAUGACUAAAAAGUGGGAGAUGACAUUUUGACAAUGAAUAAUUCAAGUUAGCCAUUAAUUAUAAUACUACAUCCUGCUCUGAGGCUAUUAUUGCUGUUAUAGGUAAGAUGAAGAGUUGAAAAAA